CGGAAGCUGCUGGCGGCCGGUGGGCGACCUGUGCUCCGGGUGCAGCUUUGGCGGCCCUGCCCUGCCCGACGCCACCGACCCCGGCGGCCGUACCCACUCCCCGCCAGCACCCUCUGCCCGAGCUCCUGCGACGAGACCCGGUCCGCACGGCCCAGCCGCCCCGGGAGGUCGCACCGCAUUCGCCCUCGGAAGUCGAGUCACCAGCUCAGCUUCCUCCGCGGCCUUUGACCAUCAUGGCCAGUCCAAGAACCAGGAAAGUUCUUAAAGAUGUCAGAGUGCAAGAUGAGAACAAUGUUUGUUUUGAGUGUGGCGCAUUCAAUCCUCAGUGGGUUAGCGUGACCUAUGGCAUCUGGAUCUGCUUGGAGUGCUCAGGGAGACACCGUGGUCUUGGGGUGCACCUCAGCUUUGUGCGUUCUGUUACAAUGGACAAAUGGAAGGACAUUGAGCUCGAGAAGAUGAAGGCUGGCGGGAAUGCUAAGUUCCGAGAGUUCCUGCAGACACAGGAGGAUUAUGAUCCUGGCUGGUCCCUGCAGGACAAGUAUAACAGCAGAGCUGCAGCACUCUUUAGGGAUAAGGUGGCCACUCUGGCUGAAGGCAGAGCGUGGUCUCUGGAGUCAUCACCUGCUCAGAACUGGACCCCACCUCAGCCCAAGAUGCUGCCAUCCACUUCCUACCGAUCCUCUGGCCAGCCACAGACUGUGACUACCUCUGGGGACAAGGCUUUUGAAGACUGGUUAAACGAUGACCUUGACUCCUAUCAAGGGGCCCAAGAGAAUCGCUAUGUGGGCUUUGGGAACACUGUGCCACCGCAGAAGAGAGAAGAUGACUUCCUCAAUAGCGCCAUGUCAUCCCUGUACUCGGGCUGGAGCAGUUUUACCACUGGGGCCAGCAAGUUUGCCUCUGCAGCUAAGGAGGGUGCUACAAAAUUCGGAUCCCAAGCAAGUCAGAAGGCUUCAGAGCUGGGCCACAGCCUGAAUGAGAGCGUACUCAAGCCUGCUCAGGAAAAGGUGAAGGAGGGAAGGCUUUUUGAUGAUGUGUCCAAUGGGGUUUCUCAGUUGGCGUCCAAGGUCCAGGGAGUUGGCAGUAAAGGAUGGCGGGAUGUCACCACUUUCUUUUCUGGGAAGGCAGAUGAUCCCUCGGAUAGGCCUCUGGAGGGCCACAGCUACCAGAACAGUGGUGGAGACAACAUCCAGAACAGCACCAUAGACCAGAGCUUCUGGGAGACCUUCGGGAGCGCCGAGCCCCCCAAGGCAAAGUCCCCAAGCAAUGACAGCUGGACCUGCGCAGAUGCCUCGACAGGGAGGAGGAGCUCGGACAGCUGGGAUGUGUGGGGCUCAGGCUCUGCAUCCAACAACAAGAACAGCAACAGUGAUGGCUGGGAGAGCUGGGAGAUCGCCAGUGGGGAGAGCAGGGCCAAGGCUGCCAAGAAGGCAGCGCCAUCCACGGCUGUUGAUGAGGGCUGGGACAACCAGAACUGGUAGGCCCCCACCACGUCCCUGACCGCAGCCUGUUGGGACAACUGCUGUGUUUGCACUUUGCCCUCGUUGUUCCUUUUUUUCAUUUGACCCAAGAAAAAGCAACCUAAACGUGAAGACAGUGUCUCAGGCAGGACCAGGUUGGUGCCACCUGCCUGGCGUGAGGCAGCACCCUCCAAGACCACAUGGGGUAUGCCAUCCAUGCACCUCUUGGGUUCUCUGAGCAGCCCUCCUGGAUUCAUAGGUUUUUCAGGACUGCGCUGUCGGGGCACGCUGCUCCUGCUGGGAUGUGGGCCUCACACAGGCUGGGACUGCACCCACAUGCAGCACUGUCAGCCAUGGCAGACAACUGCUUCUGUUGAAAUGUUUGUUUUUAACUUUAAACGGUUUGCUGUAGUUGUUUUUUCUUUUUGAAGAAAAUGCCUGAAGUCUUAAAGAUGGAAAUGCCAAAAGCAAUACUGGAGCUUGCACUGCCAUCUGAAGCCCCCACUUCCCAAGUCCACAUCUCCCUGUGGCCUGUGCUGUGAAACUCACUGCUCUGACCCGCCUUGGCUUUCCUGCAUCAGCCCUGGUGUCACGGGACAAACCCUUCACAGAUGGCUACACACAGCAUCGUGACUCUGGCUCUGCCUGGAUACCACACGAACUCAGCCAGCCUGGAGUUCCCUGGUCAGCUCAGAAAUGCAGAAACAAGAGCCAAGUAGGGCUGGAGAGUGGUUUGUCAUGUCUGCCUGCCCUUGUCCAGGGGGGACCUGGUAGAAGGGGGUAUGAGGGCAGGUAGAGCCCAUGGCCACUGCCAGGGUCUGCCCAGGCAAGAGAGGGCCUGUGGGCAUUGUGCUGGGUGUUGUGUCUGCAAAGACCAGGCCUUCUACUAGCCUGGGCACUGCAGGGACAGAUGCAGCUGAGUGCACCUGCUCAUGCCUGCUUGGCAUGCAGCUGUACCUGUGGCUUGUGUCUCUUCAGUUCUGGCCCAGUCUCUCCCUGUGGCAGUUGGGUCUCACUGAUCAUCCUGGAGCCCAUCCAGGCUUUGAGCCUGUUGGACCACGUGAAGAAUUUGGCUCAGGCUCUGUGGACUUUGAUGCCCUGCAGACAAGGGUCACCAUGUGAUGCCAGCGGUUGGAUCUGGUGACAGUGCUGCUGCGGGCAUGGCUGGAGAGCACAGCUGGGCCUCUCUCUGUCUUCUUGCACCCACUCCUGUCUGAUCCUCAGUUUGACCAGCAGUGCAUGACCUGAAGCUCCUGUGUUGUUUGUUUGUGAUGUGGUCUCCUACCUGCUGCAGCCGUGCUUGUCACCACACUAGUUGGGAACUGUGUGGGCCCCGAGGGUCCCGUGCUCAGCCCACCUUGGGGAUUCACAGUCUGCUGCAGAGUGGUGGGCCUUGGGCUUGAGGGCAGGGGGACUUCUGGGUGCUGUGUCUUCAGGUGGCAUGUAGCCUGUCAGUGGCCAGGUCCAGUAUGUUGCUGAGCCAGGAAGGGAAGGGGGAUUCCCAGAAUCCCAUCACUGAAGGCACACCUGCUGCAGGUGGGUGAAGCCAGAGGUCAGAGGUGCAGGAUGAGAAGCCCACAGGGCAGAGAGGAGCCCAUAGGAGGUCAGAGUAAACAGCUAGGGAGCCAAGCAUGAGGGAAAGGCCUUCACUAGGUGCAUAGAUCUUCUCCUAAGCUGAGGUAACCCAAUUCAGUGGUCAUGGGUUAACUGGUUGCUUGGACCACAUGAGGAGGGGUAGCCUAAAGUGGGUGUAAUCUGCCCUGGAUAGGGAUGUGCGGUGCCCAGCGUUUUUCUGUUCACACACCGGCACCCUCACUCAGUGUGGAAAUGGCUUCAUUCCAGUCCAAGAGGCCACCUGCCCCAGGGCAUAUUGGGAUGGGGGAAUGGCCCCAGCUAUCCUAGAGUCCCCUCUGAUGCUACAUGCAGUAGAGGGACUGCAUAUUUUGAGGUUUGCUUCAACAGGAAGGUCUUGGUACUCUCCAGCCACUUCCAAGAGUCCUCACGGCACUGGAUGGACAGAGGGAACCCAGGAUGGCUGCCGGGCCUCUCUUGACUGUGUUGUGUGCAGUCUGAGCAUCACUGAAUCCCGAUCCCUUGUCUUGUAUGUGGGGCACUGACCAAAUGGCAAUCCCAGUAAUGCACACACGAACACAGGACAUCUGGUGGGCCCUAACCUUCAGGUGCAGUUGAUGAGAAUCUGGUAUAGCCAGCAGGUGUUCCUUGUCCCCAAGGGGAGGAGGUGAGGGCAGCAGCCUUGCUUCUUCCACUGUAGUAGUUGGGUGUCACAGGGACCCUAGGAGAGGCCCACUGCCUUUCCCUCCAGGCCCAGCUGCACUCUAAGCCAGAUCUACCCUGAGAGCAAGCAACCCAGCAAGGGACUGGGCAGCCCUGACUACUGCUCUAGGGGGCCAGACAGUCUGGGAAGUAGAGUGGGAAGUGGGAGGAAAGAGGUAGUGUCCAGUGGCCCUCAGCCUGAGUGGGCAGCAGUUGUUGGACCACAUCAGGGCCCAGGUAGGGGGGCUUCUCUCUAGAGACCUGCUAGGCCCCACCUGGACAACAGUACCAUGGGUAUCUUCCCUCCCAGUCUAUGUCCUUGUCAUCAGGAGCUGGGAGAGGCCCCAUGCAGGUACACUAGAUCAACUGACUGGGUGGUCUGAAGGUCCUGCUCUGGAGCAGUGCUUUAGGAUCAGACAGCCAGAUAGGCUAAUAUAGACGUGGUGGUCCUGGGGGGGUGGUCCCCAAGUCCAUUUUUGAUUGAAAUUUGGUCUCAGCCUCUGGCCAGUGGGGUGGGAGGGUAGAGAUGCCCCACCUCCUCAAACUAGCUCCAGCUGACCACCUGCUCAAGUCAAUGUCUGCUAUUUGUUUGCCCCUGAUCGCUGCCCAAGGCACUGACUUAACCGGUGAACAUUUCAAGGCCAGCCCUCCCCUUUCUGGAACUUAAAACUAGCAUUUUGAGCAUCCACCUGGUUGCUCCCUCACCCCAUCAUAGCCCUUCAACCUGUGUUGUUACUCCCAGUUGGGUAGCCCCUGCCCACAAGCUGCAGCCAGCAGGAAGAUAGGCAAGCCCCAGGGUGAUCCCUGAGCAAGAGUUAGCUAGAGGGAGGACUGACCCUGCUCUGUUCUGACCUAGUUGACCCAGGAAUGUGGCUUUGCCCUAGAGUACUGAGGCUGCAGACAGGGUUGGGCUCCAUGAGAGGCUUUUUUCUGCAGGCCUAGGGGUCACCCCCAGUGGCUGGGGCUGGAGGAAGCAGGCUUUGCAGGUACCUCCAAGCAGACUGGGGUGAAAAGGCACAGGGUGGCCAGUGUGGGUCACUGUGCUGUGAGCUGGGACUGCUGAGCGCAUCCGCAGCAGCUCCCUAGGUGUGAGUUACUACACACAACUAUUUCUGGGAUUACGUGAGCUGGGCUGCAGAAGAGUACCCGGGAAUGCCAGACCGGGUGCUCCGGUGGCCACAGCAAGAGCUACAGGGACUGCUGGGCUCCGUUCUGCAGAUUCCAGCAUCCAGCUGAGGCAUGGGGCCUGUCUGGCUCCCCGGAAGCAGAGGGUGGGACAGGGGUCCAGGAGCCCUCAGGAGGGCUUCAGGGAAGUGGGUUGUGCCUCUCCUGCAUGGACUGUCAAUUGGCCAGGGAACUGGGGUAUGUGUAACCUUCCAGGCAUCUCCUGAAAAGUGUGGCCUUGCAAGGGGCAGUUGUGAGCAGUUGGCAGCCAUGACCUAGUCGUGUGUGUGUGUGUGUGUGUGUGUGUGUGUGCGCGCCUAGUCCUGUGUGUGUGUG